GCCUACUGAAAUGGCUUCAAUCAGUGCAUUAGGUGUGCUACAGAGUGUUGCAGUUCGUAGUAUUGGUGCAAUGAAGCAUGUCAGAAAUGUUUACAAGAAAGUUGGUGUCAUUGGAGUCCCUUUUGAUAAAGGACAGACCAACUCUGGAGUGGCAUUGGCACCAGAUGAACUGCGACGGGCAGGAGUUAUUGAAAGCAUGAAAGCAGUCGGCAAGUACAAAAUUCUUACUGUAAAAUGGGAGAAAUGGAAAUAG